CUAAUGGAACAACUAUUUGAUUAUGAAAUCAAUAUGAAUGACCACCUACCUAGUUAUGGUGAAGACGACACAGAUAAAAAUGAUACUGAUAACCAUAACAUAAAUGUUAGUAAAAAGAUAUUGAAAGUUGGGGAGUUAUUUAACAAUUGGGAUGAAGUUCAAGUCAUGGUUAAUUCAUUUGCUAAGCAAAAUGGUUUCAUGGCUAAUAAAAGCCAUAAGGAUCUUGAUCCACUUGAUAAGUCUAUUGUUCAUCGACACACCUAUAAUUGUUGGAAGGCUGGAGUUCAUCAACCAAAAAAGAUUGAAGAUAUUGUUUUACACCAUAAUGGUAGUUCAGGUAAAACAAAUUGCAAAUGGGAAGUUAGUUUUUACCUUGGAAAGCUUAUGAAAAAAAUAUGUCUUACCAAAUUUGAGAAUAAACAUAAUCAUAGUUGUGAUCUGGCAACUAUAGAAUUAGCACCAAAAAACUUACGUCUUCCACAAGAUAUCUUGGAUAAGAUUGAGCAUUACAUUACACAUAGUCAUUUGGAUGCUGGUCAACAGUACGACCUCCUUGUUAAAGAGUUCCCUAAAUAUUAUAUAAACAAAAAGAACUUGUAUAAUGCAAUUCACAAGUUUUGGGAUGUAAGAAUACAUGAUGAAUCUGAUGCAAGCAUGAUGCUUUCAUAUCUCUUAAACCAACGUAAUAAGGAUCCAGAUUAUCUAAAUGUUAAAAAAAAAGCAAGGGCCAAGCUCCAGGGUAAGAUGAUAAAAUGUUUUGUUGAGAAUUUUUUUAGCAUGCGAAUUAGUUAUAGCCAACAGCAAUUUGAAACAAAGUAUCAUAAUAUGUUAACAAAGUAUGAGCCAUGUUAUUCAUACCUUGAAAAGCUCUAUCAUAAGCGCACUUCAUGGGCAAGAUACUCUGUGGUGAAAGUGUUUACAGCUGGAAUAGAAUCUACAAAGCAUGUAGAAUCUAUUAAUGCUGUUAUUAAAAAAUAUGUUGAUCGUGGCACCUUGCUAAAAAAAUUAGUUAAUAUAAUUAAACAAAAAUUAGAGAAAGAAGCUCAGUAUACUAGAAUUAAGGAUUACUAUGGGUCUAAUCCAUCUGUUAGUCUUGUGUCGACUUAUAGCACUAUAUUCAAAGAGGUUAAAGAGUGGGAUGUUAAUUAUAACGAUAUAAUUGAACAAUUAUAUGAUACACCUCAAAUUCAUUUAGCUGAACUCAUGAUUGAUAUACCUUACGAUGCAAUUAAAGAACUUUGGGAGGUAUCAUAUAUAGCUUCUGAUUCAAUGCCACAUUAUAUCGUUAUACUUAACGACUCAACAUUACUUUUUUCUAGAGGUGUAAAAAGUACUACAUCUAUACUAUUGCAUUACAUGAACCAAGUAAGAACCUGUGAUGUUUAUACACUAGCCAUUAGAAGUCAAGUUAAUAAGAAGUUUCAGUUUGGUACUACAAUGUCUGUAGCCAAAACUAGCAUUCAAAUCGCAGUAUCUGAGAGUGUCACUGAAGAAUUAACUGGACUUUUAAUGCAAUUUAUUAUGAAGCAUUGUCAUGAUACAGGACUGGAUAUAAAAGACAUUUCAUCAUUUCCAAACAUUAUGCUACAAGAGUCCUUUACUGCCAAAGUUACAAAAUCUAUAUCUACUACUAAUGAAGUUACAGAAUCUAUAUCCAAUCUCGUACUAGCAUCUUCUACUAUUACUCAAGGAAUAUGA